AUGUACUUCAUCAAGCUGACCUGUAAACUGUUUGAAAUCACUGACAAUGAAAUGUACUUUGUCAAGCUGAUCUGUACAUUGUUUGAAAUCACUGACAAUGGAAUGUAUUUUGGCAAGCUGACCUAUACACUGUUUGAAAUCACCGACAAGGAAAUGUACUUCAUCAAGCUGACCUGUACGCUGUUUGAAAUCACCGACAAUGAAAUGUAUUUUGUCAAGCUGACCUGUACACUGUUUGAAAUCACUGACAAUGGAAUGUACUUUGUCAAGCUGAUCUGUAAACUGUUUGAAAUCACCGACAAUGGAAUGUACUUUGUCAAACUGACCUGUACAUUGUUUGAAAUCACCUACAAUGACAUGUACUUCAUCAAGCUGACCUGUACAUUGUUUGAAAUCAUCAACAAUGGAAUGUACUUUGUCAAGCUGUCCAGUGCAAUAUUUGAAAUUACUGUUGAUAAAAAUGUACUUGCAAACAACUUGUGUCUGUGA